UAGUGAAUUGAAAGAAUGCAAAUGUAUAUUAUUUUAUAGAGUCUGAUAAUUUUUGUGUAUCGGAACAUGAAUAACUCCGGUUGUCAGUAUCUAAAUGUGAUUGUUCUGAAAAGAGAUUAUCUUAUUCCUUCCGCCCCACUGAUCGUUCGGAUUAUCUGAAACCCCAUCUUCCUGAUAUGCCAUGCCGAUGACUAUGCGUCUGGAAUGGACAAGGGCACGCCGUGUUAUCGCCUACUUAUCAACGCAGGCUUACUUCUGCAAGUUCUUCUAAUGGUGCAAUUAUCGAUGGCUGGAGAGGAAGACUGCCUUGGAUUUGUUGGUCAUAUGCCGAUCAAGUGCUAUGAGUGUUCGUCCCUUCAGGAUGAUUUCUGUGGGGACCCAUUCAACGACACGCAUCCGGGGCUUCAGGUUUUAGGCUGCAAAGAAUACUGCGUCAAAUGGUCGAGGACUACGUUGAGCGGAAUGACUCUAACACAGCGAACAUGUUCAAACAAACUAACUAUUGGCAUACGGAAGACAACGGUUUGUAUAGAAGAAUCCAGGCCGUCGGAAGGCCAGCUAUGUUUCUGCAAUGAAGACAAGUGUAAUUCGUCACAUAGUGUUCACGAUAGAAAAUCCGCAGUUAUGGCUGUUCUUCUUGCCACAUGUGUGUAUCAUAUACUUUCAAGGGUCCGGUGAAGUGAAUUGUGUUCAAUAAAAGUAAAGGAACCUCGCAUUACGAGCGGGCAUAUGCAUAUAAACGGUUGUGAAGCAAAAUGGUAUAUAAUCCUACAGAAAGGCAAACUUUGCUGCAAUCAAAUUAAUAAACUGAUUGAAUAUGUGUGGAUGAUUAACAUUGUAAACGGCAUACACAAUAGGACAUGCUUACACGCUCACACUAGUCAAACCAUUUAGACAUUUUCGUUUACAGUUAAACACGUUAUACUUGGGUUAUGUGUCUCAAACGAUCAGAUUUACAAACGAUUUGGUAAAUCUUCUAAAGUGCCACGUAUUUGUAAAGGGAAACAAAACGUUCAUUCGUAACUUACACACGCGACAUUUUGGUUAUGUGUCUCAAACGAUCAGUUUAUAUUUUAAAUCUUCUUAAUAGCCACGUAUUUGUAAAGGGAAACGUAAAGUUGUAUUCGUAACUAACACGUGUUUCAGUGUUAUUUUUGCGUCUUAAUAAUGAGAAAAUCUUGAUAAGUUACUUUAAGCUGGGUCGUAAUGUUGUAAUUUAUAAAAUGCAGUUGGUUUACUGACAUAUCCUUACAUAAUAUAGAGCUGAUUAUGUCACUUGAGAAAUAUGUAUAUAUUGUUUGUAAACAUUCUAUAUUAAUAGUUUUGACAUAAUAUAAUAACUCUUAUACACUAACAUUUAACUUAAUUUGGUCAUGCCAAUACAGGAGCUUCAUACGGACAAAAAGUGAAUUGAAGUGAAGAAAUAAUGGACUAUAUUAAUUUAAGCUUCCAAUAUAAAUAAGAGAAUCAAUAUAUAAAUUAAAAAUAUUUAAACCAUUUUAUGGUUCAUAUAAAAAGCAGUAUUGCUAAAAAAUAGUUGUUGUCAUAGUUUAACUGGAGUGUUAACGGGGAAAGCGUCAUUACUUGUUGCGAUUACAUGACGACAAAUUAUGUAAUGUCACUUGAUUUAUGGUGGAGCAUAUGAUUGCAAAAAAUGUAUUGCUAGCUAUUACCAUGUUAGUAUCUUGGUAUGUAGUGUGCUGAUACUUUUCUUACAUGAACAACGAAUUUUUAACAUUGUAAAUUGUUAUUUAGGUUAUGAUCGUGUACAUAUAAAGGUUAAACGAUAGUUAAGUGACUUUUAGUGCAAACUAAAAUAUGGUAGUGGAAUAUGAAUUGCAAUAUGUUAUAACAUGCGAUACAUCAUUAUGUGCGUUUACUUUAUUGGCAGUUAACUGUUCACAAGUAAUGUAGACGAAAUUUAUACAAUUCAGCUCCAUAACAGGAAAUAUUUUAUAAAUAACAUGACCUCAACUGACAUAAUCUGAAUAUUAUAUGAUAUAAUAUUUUACUCUUUUAAAUAAAAUGCAAGAUGAUUGUAUUACAUUUUUCUUAUAAACACACAAGUAAUUUGAACGCACAAUUUUAUCAAAAUUUCGCACGUUUAUUUAUAUAAAACAACGCACAUAAGUCACAAACACAGGUCAUGUAAAACAUAUCAGAUACGUCAGAACUGAUCUUGUGUGAGUAGCUUUGAACAUUAUAUAUUAGUUAUUAUCAAUUGGUGUUUUACAAUAACAAAAUAUACGUUUACUGUCUGUAUGUCUAUGCACGAUGUUCAUUGACUACAACUUGAUGUUGAUGUUGCUAUGCAAUAUAAUAAGUGUUGUACGUGCUAGAUAGAUACACGUGUUCGUAUGGAUUAUAUUGAAGAACUGUGUUUGAAACUGCAAACAAAAUGCCAAAUCAUUUCAAUAGUAGCACGAAGUACUCACGUUGAGCUUUUUUUGUCCGGCGUCAAUCGUGUAUUUUUAGUCCUUGGGCGCAACCUUUUAGCUAGUUUCCACUCUAGAGGCACGAUUGUUCAUGUAAUCUGUGCGAAAUUUUGGUAAGAAAAUAAAUCUUGACAAUGAAAAGAAAGAGUUCAAAUCUGAAUCAAGUUGAAAUAAAUCAUGGUCACGUUCCUCGAAAAAAAAAUAGGUAAUCAAUUGAAAUCAAAGAGAAGUUUGGCUCUGUGUCAAGUGCAUUUUUAAACUAUGGGCAUUAGGUUAAAUCCUCAAACAAAAACUAUCUACAAUUUUGCAGCCACAUUUAUCUCACAACCAUGGACUAAUUUAGCCAAUAUAUGCAUCUUUUGACGAUUUAAAAACCUAAAAAUUAUAAAGCGUUGCAACGCGAAACGAUUGAAUAAUUUGGAGUGUUUUGUUGCUGUCGUUAAAUUUUGUGAAACUACGAAGAUUGCGCAUAUAAUGCAUAAAAUACUUUAAUCAAGAAUGCUUGAUAAUACUUUAAUCAAGAAUGCUUGGCAGAAUAUCCGAGCGGGCUAAUGCGUUUUUACUCCAGGUUACUCCUGGACUCCGGGGGUCAUUGGUUCGAGUCCAGCUGCGGCUACUUUUUUUCCUAUUUCAAAUUUUAUUCUUGAUUUCUUCCUGGAGCUUUUAAGAUUCAAUGUUUACAUUUAUCAAUAUGAAGCAUUUAAUGACUUAUUUCAAAACAAGCCAAAAACUGAGAAAAGGUCCCUUUAAAUAAAUUAUCACAAACAUAUGAAUAUUAAGUAUUUUACACAAUAUAUAUUUUUUGUUUGAAAACUUGAUGAUAAUUUUGCAAAUUUUUUCUACUUAAGGCUUUUGACACACUAGUAGAUUGUUAUAUGUACUGCUUUCUCCAGCACUUUUAUAAUGUUCGAAAUAUGUUUUAACUUUACGAUGAAAUUAUUCCUUAUUAAACGUUUUCCGGUUUGAGCCUAGAUCAGGCCAAUGGCCCGCGUGUAGAAAUAAUUUCGGGAUGUGUCUGAGGGAUAGGUAAGCAAAGUCAUGCCAUAUGUGCAAGUCAAUUACUUCGACUUUUUUCGGGCUACAAACUUAUUUCCAACUGUAAUUGAACUAUUGCAUUUCGGACAUUAAUAAUAGUAAAAUCAUUACAUAAAUAUUUUUAAAUAAUCGUUUGUUGAUUUUAUGGUUGUUUAUAAAAUGCAUAUGUUAUUCUAUAAGUACAUAUAUUUAUGUUCUUCAUAUAGCAAUAAAUGUGCUUCUUUUGCAUGUUUCUAUGAGUAGCCAGUGUUAAAGUUAUGCAUAUGUCGAUAGGUUUCAAAAUUAAAACAAGCUUAACACAAAGUUUUUAUUUGAUUGUGAAUUGUUUGUGUUGAAAUAAUACAGUUAUUUAAAUUUUCAUAGGAUACAUAGAAAUGUGUGUAAUGGUGAACAAUGUUAGCCAUAUGCAUGAAUGUUUGUUAUUCAUUACAAGUUUGAAUUAAAUGAAACCAAUGUUAACACUCUGUAUUUAUUAAAUUUCACAGACUAAAAA